UUUUUGUAAUUUAUCUUUCAUCUCGCCAUAAAUUUCACUUUUCUUAUUUUAAUUUUCAUCCUUCCAUAAAUCCGCAGAAACAAUUAGGUCAACCUGCAGAUUCAAUGGAAGAGUUGGGGAAAAAUCAAAGGCAAGGCAGUUAGGCUGCCGCACAGCGCAGUUGUUGGCAACUUCUUCUGGGGAUUCUGAUUCACAAAGAAACAUUUGUCAAUAUAUUGAAGAAGCUUGGCGUGAGAAAAAGAAAAAGAAAAAGAAGGAUAAAGGAUACGGAGACAAACAAAAGGGUAAUUCCAUGGAUCAAGUCACGGAGCAUCGAUUAGAUCAACCUGCAGAUUCAAGGGAAGGAUUGGUGUUAGAUCAAAGGCAAGGCAGUCAGGCUCCAGCGCCAACACGGCUGUUGACUUCGCAGAAUUUAGGUCAGACUCUGGCAACUUCAACUGGGGAUUCUGAUUCACAAAGAAACAUUGGUGAAAAUGGUGAAGAAGAACGGCGUGUCAGAAAGAGAAAGAUCGACCGGGCGUACAGACAAAGAAAGAAGGAUGGGAAAAAGGCACUGGAGGAUGAAAAUGAUCGUUUAAAGCAAGAAAACGAUGAACAGAAGCAGCGGAUAAAGUCCAUGCUUGAGGAUAAUGAGAAAUUGAAGUGGAAAUUAGAAGAAAGGGAAGGUCUAUGUAAUUCCUUACAGGACAGAAUUGCGGGUGCAAAUGUACAAUCAAUGUCUACUACUUACAUGCAACAACUUCUGGACGGAGUUAAACUGGGUAUCUUCUCGUUGAAUCAAAAGGUGGAUGGGCUUCAACAAAAUAUAACUCAACUUUUAGGCACACAAGUUUAUGCAUCGCAAUCCGAUACAUUGAUAAGUCCAGAUUUUCAGGCUGAUUGGACAACACGGCCGCUGACUCGGCUAGAUGGCACAAGUAGAAUGCGACCAACAUUUCAAUCUCCAGAAACGUUCACUGAUGAUUCUCAUGUAUUACCAUAUUUCUUGCCGCAGCAACAAGUAGGCCAAACUGCAUAUCCAAACGAUGUGUUACCACAGUUCAGUUCACAUGAGGGACAAGGCGUAAACUCUGCAAUCGAACCGCAGCCGUUCAUGCAGGGACUAUCAGAUCAAUAUCAAUUUUCCUCAGAGAACCUAAAUUUGUUUUCUAAUUUUCAGCCUCCAUUUUCUCAAUUUUCCUCAGAGGAAUCAGAUUUUAGUCUUGGUUGGUCUGUUAAGCAUUGUGUACUGUCUUCUUCGACGCCAAAGGUGAAGAUCUGUGUCUCUUUUAUCAUUUCAUUUGCACUUCAUGAGCUUGGUCUUGAAUUUUUUCAUUUUUACAUGUGCAUCGGAUUUUCAGUUAGCAAAGUGGAAGAGAGAAGAACCACUUGGACGCAAUCGUGCAAGGAGCACAGGGCAAACUAUUCUGAAGACACUUGAAGCUGAAAAUACGAGAUUGAAGCGGGAGGACCAGCAGAUGAAGUCCAAUAUACAGGCAUGUGAGGCUGAACAUAGGAGAUUGAAGCAGCAAAUUGAAGAAAAAGAACAGCGAAUAAAGUCUUUUCUAGAGGGUUUUAAGGCUAAAAUUGGGAUAUUGAUGAGUGAAACUGAAAAAAAGGAACAGAUAAUGAAGUGCAGAGAGGCUUUUGAGGUUGAAAAUUGGCAAUUGAAGCCCGAAAUUGAAGAAAAUGAAAGGCUAAUGAAGUCCAAUAUGGAGGCUUUUGAGGCCAAAAAUGGGAAAUUGAAGCUUGAGAUUGGAGAAAAGGAACAUCCAAUGAAGUCCAACUUGG